AUGCGUCUCGUUAUCCAGCAAGGCCCCCAAGAGGCGUCUAACUACAUUGCAGAGUACAUCAUCAGUCGAAUCCUUGCUUUCAACCCUUCAGAACAGAAGCCCUUCGUCCUCGGACUUCCCACCGGAAGCAGUCCCAUCUACAUAUACAAGAGCCUCAUCAACGCAUACAAAGCCUCAAGGAUAUCGUUCCGCCAUGUUGUCACAUUCAAUAUGGAUGAAUACGUUGGCUUGCCGCGUGAUCACCCUGAGUCCUACUGUUCCUUUAUGCACCGACAUCUGUUUGAACAUAUCGACAUCCAGCCUCAAAACAUCCACUUGUUGAAUGGAAACGCCCCCAAUCUCUUCGCCGAGUGUCAAGAAUACGAGGAUAAGAUCAAGUCUUUUGGUGGUAUCGAACUCUUUCUUGGUGGAGUAGGAACAGACGGACACAUCGCGUUUAACGAACCAGGGUCUAGUCUUUCCAGUCGCACAAGAGUCAAGUCUCUUGCAUACGAGACAAGGAUCGCAAACGCGCGGUUCUUUGAUGAUGACAUCGAUGCCGUACCAGACAUGGCAUUGACUGUUGGAGUACAGACUGUCAUGGAUGCCCGAGAAGUGGUGAUCAUUGCUACCGGAGCGUCGAAAGCUUUGGCUUUGCAGCAGGCUGUUGAAGGUGGUGUGAGUCAUCUUUGCACACUCUCGUGUCUUCAACUUCACUCGAAGAGCAUGGUGGUUGUUGACGAGGAUGCGACGCUUGAGAUGAAGGUGAAGACUGUCAACUACUUUAAAGGCGUUGCAAAGACCAUCAAGCAAAAAGAAUUCUCAGGCCAGUUGCCACCCUCGCCUACCCUUACGGCCGAUGGGGACGAUGACGGAGAUUUGAAGCCUGAUAACAUGGCUUCACGCAUAUCACCCGUCACAAGGGUCCGAUCAGUCACAUUUCCCACUAACAUGUGA